AAGCCAGACAAACCAGAUGGGAUGUAGGACAGCAGCUCCACGCAGACACAGAGGUACAUCCAGAAGUGCACUGCUGCCUACGAACUCACAAACACAGAGACAACAUGAAAGCUAUCGCAGCCUUCGUGCUGGUGCUGUGCUGCCUGAUCGUCGGUAGUACCGCCUGGACCUGUAGGCAAGGUCCGCGACUGUCUGGCGUUCAGCAGAUUGACGCUGGGAGUGGGCAAGUGGUCGCAAACUCCCGCUACUAUGCCUACUUCCUGAUGGGAACCUCUUGGUACAGAAUGAGCACGCUCCGAUUCAGGCAUGUCACAGUGGGACCUGCAGGACUUUGGGCAAUUGGCACCAAUUACAGGGUCUACAAAUAUGUAGCUGGCAUCUACAAACAAUCCAGUGCUACAACUUUGCGGUCGGUGGAUGCUGGCGGUAAUGAUCAGUUGGUGGGAAUCACUACCUCCUGGUACACCUACUGCCUGAGAAGCACUUAUGCUGAGGCCUACCGUGGACGGGGCAACCUGCGCUGGAAUUCCCUGUCAAGGAGGAUGAGGUACUACUCCUGCAGCCCACGGAAUGGAUGCUGGGGAGUCGACCUGAGUUACCGGGUCUUCCGCACACAGAGAAUAAUCCCAACAAGCUGCGGGACCUAUAACUGGCAAUAUGUGCGAGGGAUGACGAUGAGAAAGGUUGAAAUCGGGACUGACGGAAAUAUUUUUGGACUGUCCCUAAAAGGCAAGGUCUACCAAAGAAUUGGCAGAAGCACACUUGGCACAACUUGGCGCCAAAUCCAGAUGUGCUUGCCAGUCAGGGACGUGAGCUACGACCUGGGCAAGCUUUGGAUGGCUACCACCUCUGGAACGGUCAUGUACUGCACCUAAUCCUGCCUGUGUGGCAGACGCUUAGUGUGCACCAGUUUGUCGUGGAAGAUUUAAUUUAUUCCGGGACAGGAAUGUCUUUAAAUGGUGUUUUGGCUGUCAUCCCUAUCAAGUUCUAUCCUUUCGUACCCAGUUCUCUGGUAUAACUAUUCAUCCAUCUCCUUGUUAUUAGGCUACUACUUAUUUUGGCAACAGUGAAAAAUUAAGGCUGCAAGAAAUAAUUGAUUUGUUGAAGCAAUGUGACCCUUUCUUAAACAUCAAUGCACAAAAACUGAAUCCGACCUAAACAAAUUUUUAUGAAUACAUCUCUUAAGAUGCUGUUAAUUAAGCAAAUUAUUUUUUUAAUUCAAACUUAUUGGACUGUGAAACAUAAACAUUAAAUGAGAAUUAGAAAUGUGAAGUGUAAGAGUAACCUAAUGCAGUAAAGAUAUACCUUUUUAAGAUUCUCAGGCAUGUAUAUGUCUUACUACUACUACUUUCUACUGUUUUCUGUUUAAUAAAGUGAAGUGAAGCAAAUUCA